AUGGAGGAUGCUGAAACCAAAGGUGCCGACGGUGCCGACGGCGACGGUGAGCAAGGUGAUGGGAAGAAGCGCGUCAAGCGCAAGAUAGCGAUUGUUGUUGGUUUCAUCGGCACGAGGUACCGUGGUCUGAUGAUCAAUCCAGAGGUGGAGCCAACGGCAACGAAGAAAUCCGUGGAGGAGCUUCUGCGGGUUGCCAUGGUGAAAGCUGGCAUCGUCAGUGACAUCAAUUCUCAGAAGCUGGAGCAGAAGGUUGGCUGGAGCCGCUCCAGUUGA